GGUGAGGGGGAGCCAGAGCCGGCCCCGGGGCGCCGGGCAGCCGGCCGGGGGUCCCGGAGAGGGCGAGCGGCGGUCGCGAACCGGCGGAGCGCGCUGCAGCGGCGCGGCGCGCGGGCGGCAUGGAGAAGGACGGGCUGAGCCGCGCGGACCAGCAGUACGAGUGCGUGGCGGAAAUCGGGGAGGGCGCCUACGGGAAGGUGUUCAAGGCCCGGGACCUCAAGAACGGAGGCCGUUUCGUGGCGCUGAAGCGCGUGCGGGUGCAGACGGGCGAGGAGGGCAUGCCGCUCUCCACCAUCCGCGAGGUGGCGGUGCUGAGGCACCUGGAGACCUUCGAGCACCCCAACGUGGUCAGGUUAUUCGAUGUGUGCACGGUGUCCCGAACAGACAGAGAAACUAAACUAACAUUAGUGUUUGAACAUGUAGAUCAAGACUUGACCACUUAUUUGAAUAAAGUUCCAGAGCCCGGAGUGCCCACUGAAACCAUAAAGGACAUGAUGUAUCAGCUUCUCCGAGGCCUGGACUUCCUUCAUUCCCACCGCGUGGUGCAUCGCGAUCUAAAGCCACAGAACAUCCUGGUGACCAGCAGUGGACAGAUAAAGCUGGCUGACUUCGGCCUGGCCCGCAUCUACAGCUUUCAGAUGGCCCUGACCUCCGUGGUCGUCACCCUGUGGUACCGGGCCCCCGAAGUCCUGCUGCAGUCCAGCUACGCCACCCCCGUGGACCUCUGGAGCGUCGGCUGCAUAUUCGCAGAAAUGUUCCGCAGAAAGCCUCUCUUUCGUGGAAGUUCGGAUGUGGAUCAACUCGGAAAAAUCUUGGACGUCAUUGGGCUCCCAGGAGAAGAGGACUGGCCUAGAGAUGUUGCGCUUCCCCGGCAGGCCUUUCACGCAAAAUCUCCUCAGCCCAUUGAGAAUUUUGUAAGCGACAUUGACGAACAAGGCAAAGACCUUCUUCUGAAGUGCUUGACAUUUAAUCCAGCCAAGAGAAUCUCUGCCUACGGCGCCCUGUCUCACCCAUACUUCCACAACCUGGAGAGGCGCAAGGAGAUCCUGGAUUCCCACCUGCCGCCCAGCCACAACAGCUCGGAGAUGAAUAUCGCCUGAGCUCCCGGCCGCCGCCUCGAGCGGAUCCCCAGAGGGCGCCUUCGGAGCCUGAGGGGUCCCCCUGCGAGAGCCCCGGCCAGCAGAGCCAGGGAAGAUCGCCCACCAACUGGGGCCCUGCCAGCCGCUGUCUUCUAAUGGGCUCUGCUUCUCCGAGGAAACUGCUCAGUUUACUGUUCGAAACCAUUGCAAAAGUGAUUGCAGCUUUAUGUUCAUUCGUUAAGUGUUUGUCUGUCUGUCUGUCUGUUCGUUUGAAAAACCUGGAAAAAUUCCAGAAGAGAAGCUGCUGACCAAUCGUGCUGCCAUUUCAUUUUUCUAACCUUGAAUGCUGCCAGUGUGAAGUGAGCAAUCCAGGCACAGUGGCUUGUGAUGGAUCUCCCUGCAGCUGCCGGGCCUGAUUUGGUACUUUUGAAUGAACGCAAUGAGUGAGCGUGUGUGUGUGUGAUUUUUUUGAUCUCUUAAAGGGUUACUCUCUGUAAACGACGAGAAUAAUCGAAUUCUGGGGAUUCAAAGUGGUGAUGCAUAAGUAACAGGCCCCUCCAAUUAGAGAGCUGAGCCUAUGUCCUCAGAACUUCUCUUCUGACCACAAGUAGUAAAUUUGUUCAUAGUGAAAUGUUCACUAUCUAGAUGAAGUUUUUAGACACACAUCAAAGAGGGGGGGGGGGGGAAUCUAGUAUCUUUAAGAGACCUGUUUUUUAAAGCACACAUUUCACUUACUCUUCCAAAAGCUGAAUUUACUCAUUCUAAGUACAUUUUAACCUGUAUAAUAUGCUUUAUUGUUUCUUUUUCAAAAAUACCCUAUCAGCGCCUUUCUUUCUUGCUAUAUAGUUUUAGGGAAUGUACCUCAAAUAGGUCCAAAACAUAGAGAAAGCCUUUAUUUCCUGGUUUGAAAUGUAUUUCCUUUUUGGUUCUUUUGUUGUUGUUCUUGAUGAUUUUAGGAAUUUGUCAGAAACUGUUUCCUAGUUUGGUGUAGAGUGUCGUUCUCUGACUAGACACAGGAAUGCCAUUUAAGGUUUCCCCACCUGUGACACUGUACUUUUCCCACAAUGCACUGCCUUGUUUGCCAAGUAUCCACCUUCUCUAUCCCCCGCACCUCUGAUAAAUAUUACUAUCCUUACAUUACGGAGAACAGAUCGCUUUUGCUGUUUGCAUGCACUUUCUUCUUUCUUUCAAGGAACCUUUUCAUAAACAGAUUCAGACUAUGGUUUAUAGCUCUUAAUUCCACAAUCCUAACAUGGUCCCUAGGCUUUCGUUCUAAUGCAAUCUUCCUACCCGUUCAUUCCCCGUUGUCGCCUAGGCAAUGAAUGGGAGACUGGUUCUUCUCUUAUCACCAGCACCUAGAUGGCUUUAAACUGUUACUUAGUGUUCUAUGUUUUUAUGGCGUGUAUUGUCAGUGUAGUAUCUGAGGGAAUACCUUUAACUAUUUUUUUUUUUUUUUAGAAAGAAAUAUUUACUCUGAUCUUUCCUCCUUCCUCCAGGCUGUGCUCCUUUCCAGUGCCUCGUGCACACUCCUGCCCUCUGCGGAGCCAGCUGACUCGGGCAUUGUGAACAGCUUUACUCUUCCUCUCGCCGUUUUUCUCUGUAGAUACUUUAUAUUUCAUGCCAUCUCUGCCUUUUUUUUUUUUUUUUUUUUUUUGGUGAGUGCUCAUUUGGCUCUAAUAGCCAGAAGGCACAGAUUAAGUAUGUUUGAGGAAUGUUAGCUGCUUUGCCUUCUGACUCAUGUUUUGAGCUCAUGCAGCCAUUAGACCAUGUUCUCUAGAGUUAGAGUUUUCCAUGAAUGGACAUUGCUUCGCUGAGUAGAAAAUAUUCCAGGUGAUGUUUGUGCAUAGUCAAGCCUUACCGAAUUCCUCACAGCUUAAUAAUGUAUAGGACCAUCUUGAACAAGGGGAAAAUUGGGAGAUUUCUCCUUGACAGUUUUUUGGAUCAGGAACCAUUCUUUUUCAUACCUUUUUUUUUUUUCCUUAAAUAGUGUUCCGAUUCAGUAACUUGAAGAGCAGGUAAAAUUAUUCUAAAGCAAGAUAUGGUGCUGUCCUAUGAACCAGGAGGUCACAGUUCAGUUCCUGGUCAGGGCACAUACCUAGGUUGCAGGCUUGAUCCCCAGUAGGGGGCGUGCAGGAGGCAGCCUAUCAAUGAUUGUCAUCACUGAUGUUUCUAUCCCUCCCCGUCCCUUCCUCUCUGAAAUCAAUAAAAAUAUAUUUUUUAGAAAUAAGUAAAAUAAAGAUACGGAUGGGAAGAUGGGCCAUAAGAAUGUUUUACACUUUCUCCAUAUGUUUUGUCACCACUGUAAAUGCUUGAGAUAUAAUGAAUCCCGAGCAUUUAGGAGUAGGUAGGCUAGCAGUCUCCCAUGGAAAUGUGAGUUCUGCCUUUUCUUUUGGUUGGGAGCAAUAUACAAAGAUGUUUUUGCUGGGGCCUAGAAAUUAGAUUUUAAAACUCACUGCACUGGUAGAUUAUGAGCUUUUCUGUUAGUAUUCAUGGCUAGAGUGAACAUAACUUGAGUUUUUGCUUUUGCAAAAGUUUUCACAAGUUUGCUCUAGAAAAAUGCAGCUGUUCUAAACUGGAAUUUUUUUCAGCAUUCUUUAGAAUUUUAAACCAAUAAGAGCUCAACUUUUAUUUCUAGCAUAUUCUUCGGGGUCAUUUCUCAGUAGUGUUGGUAAAGAGAACUUAAAGCACACACUAAGGUAUUAGAUCUUUGGCAGGUUAUCCUCUGCGAGACAGAAUGAGAGGGCAUCUCAGCCUCUCUGAUAGUCUGUCUCAGCUUCUCCACGAUUGUGGCUGUGACACUUGAGUGAUUAUUCUCUUGCUUUCUGUUACUUCCACCAGGCUCACCAGGUCUGAAAUCCAGAUCCCAUACAAGCGCUCUUGCCGUUAGGUGCUUUGAAGCAGAUAGCAGAGCACAGACUUACUAAAUGCAGCAUAUUCUGUGACAUAGGUUUUCAAACAUUUUUGCUAGGAGCUAAGCAGUGGUCAGCUGCAAAGAUCAGACAUGGAAGCAGCUUAUAGCAGUAGAAAAACGGUGAACGAUUUGAAAUCGCAUUUGAAUUUCUCUCCAGGACUGGUCCAAGAAUGUACAUGACAGUUUCUGUAUCAUAUUCCGUCCUGGCAGCCCAGGCAUUGUGGAAACUGUUGUGCAGGGUAGACUUGUAAAAACCUAUAUUUAAAAAGAGUAAAGGAGAAACCUGCCCCGUUAGUCAUGUUAGCUAGCUGUUGCAGGGCAAAGGUUAAUCAAGACCUGACCCUGUCACCUUAAAAACAUAAUUUCUAAGAGCUUCUGAGAAUCAGGUGCAUUGGAGCCUCCCACCUCAUCUCCUUUGAAGUGGGUGGGAACUCAAGGAGCAAAGAACCAGUUCUGGAAGAAAGCUCUGGGCCACUUCAGAUUCUUUCAUUCUCGUGGUUUUCUCUCAGGAAGCAGGCACAGUGCAUAGCAGGCUUUUCAUUUAGCCCCAGGUGACUUACUAAAAAUAGUUCAAAAUAUUAACCUAAGGAUAGAAUCUCAGCCUUUUAGUUUUAAGUAAAAAACAAAUAUUUCAAAAUGCACAGGAUGUUAAUAUUUUAAAGAAAACAUGCACUUUUUAAUAGAGAAAUUUAUAGUUUGACUCCAGGACGUGGUCCUAUCCAUAAUGAUGAGGAAAAACACUUAAAUUGUACCAAACAUUUUGAAUCUUAAAUUAUGUAUUUAAAAUAAGCUUUUAACCAACGAUAGCUCCUUCUCUUAAAAGUAAGAGUUGGUAACGGCAAUUUCUAGCCGUUACAAAAAUUUAAUCAUGUAAGCUUCCUAAUAUAAACAUUAAAUUUCUUCUCUCCAAAGAGUUGCAUCUUUUAAGUGACAACUUGACUAUUUUUAUAAUAAGCUCAUGAGAGUCAUCACACAUUUUCCAGAAGCAGGCUUGUGUUGCAUACUUGGCUCUAAGAAAGAAUAAUGUUAAAAGUUUAAUAAUCCCUGAGAAUUACUUGUGUUCAUAUAGAGACUAGAGAAUAUUUACUUUGGAAAAAGAAUAUUGAAAUGUUACCAAUUCUUAGGUAUUGUUAGAAUUCAUAAGAAUGCAUGUUUUACAUUGUGAUAUAAAAAUAAAGAUCUUAAAUGAUUGCUAAUCCUUUAAAAAUAAAAAUAAAAAAGAGCAAGCAGUCGAUAGAGGAAAUUCUAGAGAAAAAUGAAGGUAUUCAAAGAAGGACAUUUGAAAGUGAAAUAUAUUUUGAGGGAUAUAUAUUUUAACAAAUAUAUUGUGAGAAUUGAUGCUGAAGUCAUCUGACAACUAUGAACUUGGAAAAGCCAUUUUAAACAAUUACUAUUUCAAAAACUGAGCCAAGCAAACCAAACCAUCUGUGUUCCUUUCUCAUUUCAUGGAAAAGAGCAGCCAUAUGAAGCUACACUUGUUAUGCAAGUCUUAGAUUGUUCUUUUUUUAAGAAAACAAAAUAAAUUUUUAAAAGGCAUGUACUUCCUAUGCCACCAGGGCUUUUGAAUCAUUGUGAACCCCAAACCAUUUAUCAUGUGCAUGUGCAUUUAAUGCAUGCAGAUAUAUGAGUAGGAGGAUAGUUCCAUGUUUCUUCUCUGCAAGUGGAAAAACUUGAGGCGACCAAAAAGCUGUCAAAGCAACAUGAGUCCUCAGAAGGUUAGUAAUGGUAUUUUCCUCAAAAGCAUAAGAAAAAUAGCACUUUUAUUUCUUAUCAAUGCAAUUUUCAACCUAGUUCUGUUCCAUACCUAUAUCUCAAGCAUUUCUAACAUCUGCUUUUUCAGAAAAUAAACCAAAAAUAUUCUUUUGGCCUUUUCUAUUAUCUGACCUUUGGAAAA